UCAUCUUCCCACCACCUCGUCCACUCCCUUUAAAGAAAGAAAAAAAACCCCUCCCUCUCUCCGUACACUUCACGAAAAUGGUCAACUUCAGCGGUGCCGAUAUCUUCCUCUUCGUCGUCGGAUUCUUCCUGCCUCCUCUUGCCGUCGGUCUCAAGCAGGGAUGCGGUGCUGACUUCCUCAUCAGUAUCGGAUUGACCCUCCUCGGACAUGUUCCCGGCAUCAUCUAUUCCUGGUACAUCAUCUACAAGAACAGGGACGAGCCCAACGUCUCCAACCGCUACCACGGACGCACCUACGUCGCCGUCCCUCAGCAGCCAAACUACCAGGCCACCGCCCCUGCGGCCGGUGUCCCACGCCCCGUCAACUAAGGUCCCCUAUUCUAUCCUGGAUGAAUGAGAUAUGGAAUAAAUCAGACCCUUUUUCAAUAUUCACAGGCAUUUUCAUGUUCAAAAUAAACCAUAUAUUUACAUUUCCACAUG